GCAAGUGCUUUAAAAACCACAGCUAAACCACCUGAUUUAGUUUCAAUUUGGUGUUUAAUAUUUAUACAGUUGUGUGUAUUUCUAUAUCAAAAGAUACGGAAGAACAAUUUAUUUCUAUUUUUCUAACAGCUAUUUAAGAAGUCAGAAUGCCGGCGGAUCCAUCCGAAGAAGUGGCCCCUCCUCAGGUCCCAAAAACUGAGCUAGAAGAACUGCAAAUUAAUGCGCAAGGCGUAGCCGAUGAAUCCCUGGAAAGUACGCGACGUAUGCUUGCUCUGUGUGAGGAGAGCAAGGAGGCAGGGAUACGAACACUUGUAGCCCUUGAUGAUCAAGGAGAACAACUGGAUCGUAUUGAAGAAGGAAUGGAUCAAAUUAAUGCAGAUAUGAGAGAAGCAGAAAAAAAUUUAAGUGGAAUGGAAAAAUGUUGCGGCAUUUGUGUUCUCCCGUGCAAUAAAAGCCAAUCAUUCAAAGAAGAUGAUGGAACCUGGAAAGGCAAUGAUGAUGGGAAAGUUGUAAAUAAUCAACCACAAAGAGUGAUGGAUGACAGAAAUGGCAUGAUGGCGCAAGCGGGUUAUAUCGGCAGGAUAACAAAUGAUGCUAGAGAAGAUGAAAUGGAAGAAAAUAUGGGCCAGGUGAACACUAUGAUAGGCAACCUCCGUAACAUGGCAUUGGAUAUGGGUUCUGAACUUGAAAAUCAAAAUCGUCAAAUUGAUAGAAUAAACCGCAAGGGUGAAUCUAAUGAAGCGCGGAUAGCAGUUGCUAAUCAAAGGGCACAUCAACUGUUAAAGUAAAAAG